CCGCGAAUUGAGCGCUUCUGUGACGUCACGAGGUCCCUUCCCGGCCGGUGGCAGAGUCGGACUGAGGUUGCGGUGGCGGGGGCGUCAUGGGGGCCACUGGCGAUGUCGAGCAGCCGCGGGGACCCGGCGGGGCUGAGCGGGUAGGCCCCGAGCCGGGAGAUGCGGGCGCAGCGGGGCAGCUGGUUCCCAAGAACCCUUGGAACCUAAUGAUAAAGCACCGGCAGGUGCAGCGAAGGGGCCGUCGCUCACAGAUGACAACAAGUUUCACAGACCCUUCCAUCUCCAUGGACCUCCUCCGAGCUGUCUUGCAGCCUAGCAUCAAUGAGGAGAUCCAGACUGUCCUCAACAAGUACAUGAAGUUCUUCCAGAAGGCAGCACUGAACGUGCGAGAAAAUGUCGGGGAAGAGGUGGAUGCAGAGCAGCUGACCCAGGAGGCCUGUCGGAGCUGCCUAGAACAAGCGAAACUACUGUUUCCUGAUGGAGAAAAAAUAAUGCCCAGAUCGAUCCAUGAGCUUCCAGGAAUAAAGCGUGCCAAGCAGGCAGAAGAGGAAUGUGCCCAUCGCGGAAGCCCCAUUCCCAGAAAGAGGAAGGGACGGCCUCCUGGACACAUGAUCUCAAAUGACCGGGCAGCUGCCGGCAUGGUAUGGAAACCAAAAUCCUGUGAACCAAUUCGCAGAGAAGGCCCCAAGUGGGACCCAGCUCGGCUGAAUGAAUCUACCACCUUUGUGUUGGGAUCUCGAGCCAACAAGGCCCUGGGGAUGGGGGGCACCAGAGGGAGAAUCUACAUCAAGCACCCAUACCUCUUUAAGUAUGCAGCUGACCCCCAGGACAAGCACUGGCUGGCUGAGCAGCAUCACAUGCGGGCAACAGGGGGGAAGAUGGCCUACCUCCUCAUUGAGGAGGACAUCCGGGACCUCGCUGCCAGCGAUGACUACAGAGGAUGCCUGGACCUGAAGUUAGAGGAGCUGAAGUCCUUUGUCCUACCCUCCUGGAUAGUUGAGAAGAUGAAAAAGUACAUGGAGACACUACGGACAGAGAAUGAGCAUCGCGCUGUUGGAGCAUCUUCACAAACCUGAAGCCCACUCCCCUGGGGACACUUGGCAGCUCCCCUCCAUGGCCCUCAUAACCCACAUACGGGUGAGGCCACUGCUGGGACUGCUCCUAGAUGAUCUCAGCAGCAUUAAGCUGUGCCUGGGCUAGUUUGUAGUGACUCACUGCAGAGCACCCCCAGACUGGCAUGUAGUUAGACCUUUGUAAAGUUAUUGGGGUAAGAUAGCUUGUAAAUAGUUUGUAAUAAACACAGACGGCGAGCCUGC